UCUUGAUUGGCUACAAAGCUGUAACAUUUCUCUUUCUCCACCCCCAUUUAUUCAGGUACAUUUCGGAGCAUCAUUCCUCCCUUCCGUCAUUUCUGCCCCGCGUUCUCCGAGCUCGGAAACAUGAAAUAUUUUUUGAGCUAGAUGACUGUGUUGUAUUUACCACAUCUCCGUGGAAACAUUGAAAGACUUAUUAACAAUCUUGAAUCCUUCACGAUCUUAAAUACUUGCUGUGCUACUUCCAAAUUUCUGGAUAUCUUGACUUUCAAAACAAAUCUCAUCAGAUUUUUUUUUUUUUGCAAAUCAAUAUGACUUUCCCCCCACCCCCUGUUAGCACAAUCGACUGGAGUGAUAUUGGCUUCAAAUUCCGUGAAGUCAACGGUCAUAUCGAAUCCCACUACUCAGUUAAAACCGGCCAAUGGACCCCUCCAAAAUUCAUUACCGAUCCCUACCUCCGUCUUCAUGGCAUGUCCCCCGCUCUCAAUUAUGGCCAACAAGCAUACGAAGGCAUGAAAGCUUUCCGCACUCCCGGAGACUCCUCCAUUACCAUUUUCCGUCCUACCAAAAAUGCCGCUCGUCUAGCCCACUCUGCAGAAUUCAUCUCCAUUCCUCCUGUUCCUGAGAAUGUCUUCAUGGACUGUGUACAUGCUGCUGUCUCUUUGAAUGCAGAAUAUGUACCACCUCAUGAGACAGGCGCUGCCAUGUAUAUCCGACCUUUGAUCUUUGGUUCCAGUGCUCAGUUGGGAUUGAGUCCCCCAGAGGAGUAUACUUUCUGUGUCUAUGUCCUCCCAGUGGGUGUUUACCAUGGUGUACAUCCAGUUAAGUGCUUGAUUCUCGAGGAAUUCGAUCGUUCUGCACCACAUGGAACCGGAAGCGCAAAAGUGGGAGGAAACUACGCGCCAGUGUUGAGAUGGAGUGACAAAGCCAGAAACGAGGGAUAUGGUAUAACAUUGCAUUUGGAUAGUCAAACGCGCAGCGAAAUCGACGAAUUUUCUACAAGUGGAUUCAUUGGCGCGAAGAAGGAGGGGGAUUCCAUUACAUUGGUGGUACCGGAUAGCAAGAAUGUUAUUGCUAGUGUAACAUCUGAUAGUAUCUUGGAAAUUGGAAAGAGUCUUGGAUGGAAGACAGAAGUUCGCUCGAUCAAAUAUGAAGAACUCCCCACUUUCACCGAAGUAAUGGCCGCCGGAACUGCCGCUGCUCUCGUCCCAAUUCGCUCCAUAACCCGUUACUCCGAUAACAAAACUACAGAGUAUAUCCCUUCAUCCUCCGAAGAACCCGGUGCUAUCUGUGAGAAGCUUCUCACCACCCUUAAGGGAAUUCAAGCAGGAAAGCUUAAGGAUACAUUUGGCUGGAAUAAAAUUGUCGAAAAAUUGGACGUCAAGGACUUCACGACAGAGACAAAUGAUACCAAUGGUUUGAAUGGAAAUGUGGAUAAAUUGCCUUAGAUGUCAAGGAGACUUUCAAUUGAAAUAGUCUAAAAAGAAUGAUAGCGGCGUUGAGUGGCUGGGCAUUAACAAAUUGUACUAUCUACAAGGUAUUCUUCAAUAAAAUUUAAAGUGCGAACCCUUAGG